GCACUGAGCAAGCGCGGCCUCGUGUGCACUGGAGGGGCGAGUGGAGCGGCGCGCUUUGCGUCCCGGCGCUCCGCUCUCCCAGUCGGUCCCGCCCUCCGUCGCGGCGGCGCGGUGCAUCUUGGGAUAGGGAGCGAUCUCCGAGCGAGGCAGCAAGAUGGACGCGGGAUUCUUCCGCGGAACAAGUGCAGAACAGGAUAAUCGGUUCAGCAACAAACAGAAGAAGCUACUGAAGCAGCUGAAAUUUGCAGAAUGCCUAGAAAAAAAGGUGGAUAUGAGCAAAGUAAAUUUGGAGGUUAUAAAGCCUUGGAUAACAAAACGAGUAACGGAAAUCCUUGGGUUUGAAGAUGAUGUUGUGAUUGAGUUUAUAUUCAACCAGCUGGAAGUGAAGAUUUCACCCUUGUGUUUUGACAGAACAGUUGGCAUUUCAACUGAUAAGAAUCCAGACUCCAAAAUGAUGCAAAUCAACCUGACUGGGUUUUUGAAUGGAAAAAAUGCUAGAGAAUUUAUGGGAGAACUGUGGCCCCUGCUCUUAAGUGCACAAGAAAACAUCGCUGGAAUUCCUUCUGCUUUCCUAGAACUGAAGAAAGAAGAAAUAAAACAGAGACAGAUAGAACAAGAAAAGUUGGCAUCUAUGAAAAAGCAAGAUGAAGACAAAGAUAAGAGGGAUAAGGAAGAAAAAGAAAGCAGCAGAGAAAAAAGGGAAAGGUCUCGAAGCCCACGAAGACGCAAAUCCAGAUCUCCUUCCCCUAGAAGACGAUCUUCCCCUGUCAGGAGAGAGAGAAAGCGCAGUCAUUCUCGAUCUCCCCGUCACAGAACCAAGAGCCGGAGUCCUUCCCCUGCUCCAGAAAAGAAGGAAAAAACUCCUGAGCUCCCAGAACCAUCAGCAAAAGUAAAAGAACCUUCAGUACAAGAGGCCACUUCUACUAGUGAUAUCCUGAAAGUUCCCAAGCCUGAACCUGUCCCAGAGCCUAAAGAGCCUACUCCAGAGAAAAAUUCCAAAAAAGAAAAGGAAAAGGAGAAGACCCGACCAAGAUCUCGGUCACGUUCCAAAUCAAGAUCCCGGACACGUUCUCGCUCUCCUUCUCAUACUCGACCUAGACGGCGCCAUAGAUCCAGAUCAAGAUCAUACUCACCUAGAAGGCGGCCAAGCCCAAGAAGGCGGCCAUCUCCUCGAAGAAGAACUCCACCAAGACGAAUGCCUCCUCCACCAAGGCAUAGGAGGAGUAGAUCUCCAGUGAGACGAAGAAGGCGUUCAUCAGCAUCCUUGUCUGGAAGUAGUUCAUCCUCUUCUUCGUCUCGUUCCCGGUCACCGCCAAAGAAGCCUCCUAAGAGGACAGCCAGCCCCCCUCGAAAAAUGCGUAGGUUGUCUCCCUCAGCAAGUCCUCCAAGGCGAAGGCAUAGGCCAUCACCUCCGGCAACUCCUCCGCCAAAAACUCGUCAUUCCCCGACACCCCAGCAGUCAAACCGGACAAGAAAAAGUCGUGUUUCUGUCUCUCCUGGGAGAACUUCAGGUAAAGUGACAAAACAUAAAGGUACUGAGAAAAGAGAGUCCCCUUCACCAGCACCCAAGCCUAGAAAAGUAGAGUUAUCUGAAUCAGAAGAAGAUAAAGGUGGCAAAAUGGCUGCAGCAGAUUCUGUGCAGCAGAGACGCCAAUACAGACGACAGAACCAGCAGUCAUCAUCUGAUUCUGGCUCCUCAUCUUCCUCAGAAGAAGAACGACCCAAGAGGUCCCAUGUGAAGAAUGGUGAGGUAGGCAGGCGGCGGAGACAUUCCCCUUCCCGGAGUGCUUCUCCAUCACCUCGAAAACGCCAGAAAGAGACUUCCCCUCGGAUGCAGAUGGGAAAGCGAUGGCAAUCGCCAAUGACUAAAAGUGGUCGACGCAGGAGAAGUCCCUCCCCACCACCCACCAGAAGGCGACGUUCUCCCUCUCCUGCUCCACCUCCUCGACGGCGUAGGUCUCCCACACCACCACCAAGACGAAGGACUCCUUCUCCUCCCCCUCGUCGGCGCUCACCUUCCCCAAGAAGAUACUCUCCUCCAAUACAGAGGAGAUAUUCUCCUUCCCCACCCCCGAAGAGAAGAACGGCUUCUCCCCCACCCCCUCCUAAACGAAGGGCAUCACCAUCUCCACCACCAAAGCGUCGCGUCUCCCAUUCUCCACCUCCCAAACAAAGAAGCUCCCCAGCCAACAAGAGACGUUCACCUUCAUUGUCAUCAAAGCAUAGGAAAGGGUCUUCCCCAGGCCGAUCUACGCGGGAGGUCCGGUCACCACAACCAAACAAACGGCAUUCGCCCUCGCCACGGCCUCGAGCUCCUCAGACCUCCUCAAGUCCUCCACCCGUUCGAAGAGGAGCCUCAUCAUCACCCCAAAGAAGGCAAUCCCCAUCUCCAAGUACUAGGCCCAUUAGGAGAGUCUCCAGGACGCCAGAACCCAAAAAGACAAAAAAAGCUGCCUCACCAAGCCCUCAAUCUGUAAGGAGAGUCUCAUCCUCCCGAUCUGUCUCAGGAUCUCCUGAGCCAGCAGCUAAAAAACCCCCAGCACCUCCAUCUCCUGUCCAGUCUCAGUCACCCUCUACCAACUGGUCACCAGCGGUACCGGUGAAAAAGGCUAAAAGCCCAACACCAAGCCCAUCACCUGCGAGGAAUUCAGACCAAGAAGGGGGUGGAAAGAAAAAGAAGAAAAAGAAGGACAAGAAACACAAAAAGGAUAAGAAGCACAAGAAACACAAAAAACACAAGAAAGAAAAGGCUAUGGCUGCAGCUGCUGGAACCCCUGCAGCCAUUGCUGCUCCCACCACCACAUCAGCACAGGAAGAACCGGAGGCAGAGCCAGAGCCCAGGAAGGAGACUGAAAGUGAAGCUGAAGAUAACCUUGACGACUUAGAAAAGCACCUGCGGGAAAAGGCCCUGAGAUCGAUGAGGAAGGCUCAAGUGUCCCCACAGUCUUAGGUGGAAAUGUUUGUUAUGAUGUAAAUUUUAUUUGGUUUGUACUCAAUUCAAUUUCAAAAAAUGCUAAAAUGUGUUUGAGCUUUAGACUAUAACAUUUGUUGUAAUAAUUACUAGGUUGAAGUUCACCAUGUAAAAAAGGGCAUGGAUUUACAUUGCAAAAGGUGUCCACAGUGUAUUAGUGACAUUCUUUUAUUGACAGCUGACAUAAAUUCAUUUAGAGUGAAAUAUUUUAAGCCAAAAAAAAAAAAGUUCCCUUUUUAAAAAAGGGGCUUUAAAUAUUGUUGGCAUUUUUAUGGUUUCUUUAAAUGCCCCUGGCUAUUCCCAGAGGUUUUCUUUCUUUUUGUUUUUUUUUUUCUUUACUUUUUCUCAUUUGAGUCUUAGAACCCAUUUAAGUUAUGAUGCUUCCAACCUUGUAUGGUUUGCAGUUGCCCAGAAAAUAAGACCACUGUUGAACUACUACAAAAGUACAAAUGAACGUUUUAAUGCCACCAUCUUUCCUGUUGCCUGUGGAGUCUCUGCUGAAAUGAAUCAGGAUCAAGCUCUAGGAUGAGACAGAAAAUGAAAGCAUGCUGUUUGCCAGGACGCUGUGGGUUAAUACUGAUGUGUAACAAGUUGAUUUGGAACACUGGAAUUUCAUUCUGUUCUGUUGUGUUUUUUUGUUAAGGCAGUUAACUAGUCCCAGGAAGGAUCCUUCAGUUACGUCAAUUUUGUUUUUUGAAAUGUCAUGGCUCCAUUCAUAAUUUUGUCUUAUUCUUCCAAUUGGUAUAUACAACUUCAGAACUCUUGUAUUUGAAAGGCUGGAAGGGCCCAGACUUUGAAAUAGUGUCUUGUUUUCACUGUUUUGUUUUGGGUUUUUUUUGUUUUUUGUUUUUUUUCGUUGUUUUUUUUUUUUUUUUUUAACUAAAGCUAUAUAAAGCUUGUGGAUUAAACAGAAUAAAUUUCUAAAUUUAAAAA